AUGGGUCAGGAAGCUGGAAAACCUGUCUUGCCCAGACCAUCGGGAAGAUUUCGAGCUGCUACAGGUAGAAGAUAUGGAAGAAGACAUACCUAUGUUGUUUUUAGAGCAUCAGUGAAUAGACAAGGCAGAGGUGGACAUCAACACAAUGAAGACCAAAAACUACUAGAAUUUGAGUGUGCUCAGGAACAGAAUUCUUCCUCUUCCCUUGAAAUUGCCAGUCCACUGGUUCAAGUUUCUUCUGGUUCAUUUCAUCAGCCUUUAUCAGGAAGUAUUGCAACUGAAAGACUUGUUCACCAAACUGUAGCAAACCAAACUUCUAAUUCAGGCCUAUCUCCACUUUCUCCAUUCUCUUAUGGUCUGGAAGGCAACAAAGUCUUAGGGAACAUUACAAAUUCCCAUGAAGGUUCUGAGGACCUUUCAGAAUAUGCGUCUGGAGGGUGUAAUGGUUUGAAUUGUCAGAAGGGAAGUGCUACCGUAGACAUUGAUUCUUAUGAGCCAGAUAGUGAUGGAGAGAAAGAUGAUGUUCAAGACAAAUUUUCUUCAGCUAGAAAAGUAAAUAGAGUUAAAGGAACAGCAGAAAAUACAUUUUCUGGGUUAAAAAAACGCAGUCAGUCUUCUACUGACUUAGAGUUCCGUAAGUCCACUCUCAGCCACAGAGCUGCUAGGGAAUGUUUUGAAGAAGCAGGACCAGUGCCUUCCGUGAGCCAUUUUACCUUGGAGUCAGACAGGGCAUAUCCAAACAAAAAGACAGCAGAACCUUCUGCUAAAGAUCCAGCUAUACUUAAAAGCAACCCAAGUGGUGCCAGUUGUGAGACACAGCAGACGAAAACAGUUGAUGUUGGAAUUGGAGCCUCUGUAGCAAUUGCUAAUGAAUUGAGUGUCAAUGAUAGGAGUGAGCAAGGAAGUUCACCUGAGCUAGUAGUGAGACCUAAAAUAAGAAAACAAAAAUCUGCAAGCCAGCUGCAAAGAGAUGUGCUUCUUCCUAAUAAUGAAGAGGAAAAUGGUUCUUGGAAGACAAGUGAAAUUGCUCAAGUCCAGCAAGGCCCUGAAGGCCCUGCUGAGCGUGCCUUACAAAAUAGCAAAGAAAUGAGCUCUAGCAUGGGCUUAGCUUCAAGAGGGCACAGAGGUUUUCAACAGAACACAGAAAUAGACCUAGGGAAAAAUGCAGCAGCCCAAGAACGUAAAGCUGUGUUAGGUAAUACCACUUCUUGUGAUGAAUUUAAACAUGGCAGUGAACGUGACAUCAGACAUUUGUCAGUGUCCUACGAAGACGAAGACAGCUCAGAAUGCAGUGAUGGAGAAUGUUCUGCAGCUGUUCCUAGCUAUUUUACUGCUGUAGAAAAACAGCAGUCCUCAAGUGAAGAGAGUGAGAAGACGACUCCAAGUGGAGAGGAACAGGAGCCAGUAGUAGAUAGCAGCAGCAGUAUUGAGGAUACAAACUUGGCUGUUGGUGGAGUGGAACAGACAUUACUGGAAGAAGGAGAGGUUUCUUCAUCAAUGAAACAGGAAGGAGAAAGUAGCAGUGAUGAAGAAAAUGAUAAAGCUGAUGAAUCUAUGCAGUCUGGAAUGUUCCUGUUGGAUGGAAAUAACAACCUGGAGGAUGACUCCAGUGCAAGUGAAGACCUCGAUAUGGAGUGGAGCGUAUUUGAUGAGUUUGAUGGCCUAGGAUUUCCUCCAGCCCUUCCUUUUGUGGAUCCUCGUUUCUUAGCAUUUAUGGCAGUAGCAGAUGAACAAGCUGUGGAGACUAUUCUGACACAUUUGGAGCUUCUUGGAUUUGGUGUUGAAGAUGUUCAUCCACCAGCUCCUAAAGAAAGCAUAGACUCUCUGCCACAGAUUAUUGUCACAGAUGACCAUGAUGGUAUAGGUAAAGAUCAGUGUUGUACCAUCUGUUACAGCGAAUAUGUGAAAGAUGAAAUCAUAACACAGCUACCCUGUCAUCAUUUGUUUCACAGACCUUGUGUUAUUCAUUGGCUGCAGCAAUCAGGAACAUGCCCGGUGUGUCGUCGUGUGCUUUAACCUGUGCUUACUGAAACAGCUGCAGCCACUAUUUCCCUUCUAUCUGAUUGUUAUGUUGCAUAUUCUGUUUAAGUUUUUGACACUAAAAUAAAGUAAAUGUUGCCCACUUAAUUAAAAUGUGAAAAUAGUUAUGUCUAAAAUAUUAUAUGUAAAAUACUAUCAAGAUUAUAUAUUUGGAAAGAUGGUUCAAGAUUUUCUAACCUCUUUAUAUUUACUCAAAAGAAUGUGCAGCUUUUUCUUAGUGGAACAUUUCUGGUUACUGAAUGUCUAAAGCUUGUAUUGUCACAAAUGUUUCUAUGGUGUGGCACUUUUUCCAAGAUUUUGCAGCUGCAGUGCAGUUGUAGCUUAUUGAAGUUGUUUCUUAGGUAAAGCAGGUUAUAACUCAGCUAAGUGGUUUUGUCAGCUAGUGCCACUGAAUGACUUUCAUUGAUUUAAUAUUUGAAUCAAAUGUAAAUCUGUGAUGGCACCAA